AGUGGUUGGGGAACUCUCCUAAUUAUUUUCUGCGGUAUUCAGGUGGAGGGCUAAUACGGGUGGCGCCGGUUCGUCUUGGAUGACAGGCGAGGUUUUAUUGAUUAUUCCACUGUCGUGCCUUCGGACAGGUGGAGAUCGGGUUUUUCACGCAUCUGAGAGAGCCAAGAAGCUAGCGGUGGUCGAGUAGUUGACCUUGGCCACAGCACUCGGUGUGGUUACAUCUUUGCUUCAUAUUCAAAAAGAAGUUAAUACAAACCGACAAAUAAUGAAUGUUUGAAUAUUCCAUUUGGUUCACAUCUCAAUUUAACGAUUCACAGUACCCAGAGUAGAGCUGCUGACUAUCUGAUUUUUUCUCUUGAAAUGAGGCGAAAUUCUCAUAUGGGUGAGUAUCAAGAAGUUGAUACCGAAUCAAAUGCGUAUAAUCUGCUAGAAGCAAAGCAAGAUGAUGAUGAUGAUGACGACAUGCAUACAAAAGAUGGGACUGUAGAUUACCGUAACAAUCCGGCUGAUAAGAGAAAAACCGGAACUUGGAAGGCCUGUGGUUUCAUCUUAGGCAAUGAAUGUUGUGAAAGAUUGGCUUAUUAUGGAAUGAGCUCCAAUUUAGUAAGGUACUUUAAGUAUCAUUUGAAUGAACAUAGCGUAACGGCUUCAAGAAAUCUUUCAACGUGGACUGGAACUUGCUAUCUUACACCGUUGAUAGGAGCGUUUGUCGCUGAUACUUAUCUUGGUCGAUAUUGGACAAUUGCUGCCUUCUCAAUUAUCUAUGCAAUUGGCAUGGGGAUGUUAACGCUAUCAGCAUCGGUCCCGGGGCUCAAACCAACAUGUUAUGAAAAAGAUGUUUGCAGUGCAACUGAAUUUCAAGUCGCCUUAUGCUUCACGUCUCUUUACCUCGUGGCUCUAGGAACCGGGGGGAUAAAACCCUGUGUCUCGUCUUACGGUGCGGACCAGUUCGACGAUCAUGAUGAGGUUGAGGAAAAACAAAAGAGUUCUUUCUUUAACUGGUUUUACUUCGUCAUAAACGUCGGUGCACUUGUGGCUCAUUCUGUCUUAGUUUGGAUCCAAGACAAUAUCGGGUGGGGUUGGGGGUUCUUGGUUCCUACUAUUGCUAUGGGGAUUGCUAUUGUUUCGUUCUUUUCGGGUACUAAAUUGUAUCGGAACCAGAUGCCAGGUGGCAGCCCGCUCGUUCGUCUCUGCCAGGUGGCGGUUGCUUCUUUUAGAAAGAAAAAUAUCGAGGUGCCGUCUGAUGGUUCACUCUUAUACGAGACUUCGGAUGCCAGCAAGAUCGAUCACUCUUUAGAUUUCGUUUUUUUGGAUAAGGCAGCUGUGGUUGCACCCGCGGAUCAUACAAACGGGUCGAUAGACCCAUGGAAGCUUUGCUCAGUGAGUCAGGUUGAGGAACUUAAAGCAGUGUUACGGUUGCUUCCAAUAUGGGCCACGGGUAUCAUGUUCACCACAGUUUACUCACAAAUGAGUAACCUAUUUGUGCUGCAAGGGUCCACUCUCGACCCUCGUGUGGGCCAGUCCGGUUUCGAGAUUCCACCAGCUUCACUCGGGAUUUUCGACACUAUAAGCGUAAUAUUCUGGGUCCCUGUCUAUGACCGUGUUAUAGUUCCCGUGGCCAGGAGACUCACGGGUCAACAAAAUGGGUUGACCCAGCUCCAACGAAUCGGGACUGGCCUCUUCAUUUCGAUAUUCAGCAUGGUCUGUGCCGGAGUUCUUGAAGUCAUUAGGCUGGAGAUGGUUUCAAGAAACAAUUACUAUGAACUCGAGCACAUUCCCAUGUCUAUUUUAUGGCAAGUGCCACAGUACUUUCUUGUCGGGUGUGCCGAAGUUUUUACGUUUAUCGGACAGUUGGAGUUCUUUUAUGAACAAGCUCCCGAUUCGAUGAGAAGUUUGUGUUCUGCUCUCCAACUAACGAUAACUGCCAUCGGGAGCUAUACAAGUGCUUUGCUCGUGACGAUUGUUACGAUCAUUACCACUAGGGAUGGUAGCCCGGGGUGGAUAACGGACAACCUGAACUAUGGGCACCUUGACUACUUCUUUUGGCUUUUGGCUGGUCUAAGUGCUGCGAAUUUAGCAGUCUUUAUCGUGUUGGCGCAGCGGCAUACUUACAGAAAGACUGUUGUAGCCAUCCGCUAAGGUUGGCGAAACUUGUACGUACUGCAAUACGGGUUGUACAGUGUGUAUAAUACUUUGAUGUUGUAUGUUGUGAUUAUUAGAGGGGAAUCAAACACCCUUAUGAUGUAUGUAACAAUGUCAAAAAAAAAAAAAAAAAAAAAAAAACAGUUGUAGUGCAUUGGUCAUUGGUGUAAGUUUUAUGGAUGAUGGAAGAAAAUGGUGUAGGUUAUAUAUCAUGGUUAAAAAUGGGGUAUUGAGUGUGUAA